AUGCAAUCCAUCUUGAAACCAGUGAUCGGACCAAAGAAGGAGAUGCACGACCUCGGCGGUCGAGUCGCACUGAUCACAGGCGGCGCGUUGGGCAUUGGGUACCAAGUCGCACGCACAUUCGUCCUCAACGGCGCCCGAGUAAUCAUGGUGAACCGUAAAGAAGACCAAGGCCAAGAUGCUAUCGACAAAAUCAAGCAAGAAGCCGGCCCAACGGCGCAGAUCGAAUGGAUGGAAUGCGAUAUGGGCAAUUUCAAGCAAAUCAAGGAUACUUUUACAAGUCUGCGGGAGCGGGAAGUGCGCUUGGAUCUGCUCAUCCUCUCAGCGGGUAUCAACGUGAACCAAUAUGGCGAAACACAUGACAAAAUUGAUCGCCAUUUUCAGGUUAACUGGCUUGGACAGUUCUACGUGUGUAACCUGCUGUAUCCGCUUUUGCGGAAGACAUCCAAGUUGCCUGAAACUCCUGCUCCAAGGAUUGUUUGGGAGACGUCUGAACAGCAUCGCAUGGCGCCGUCGGUGGUGCAUUUUGGGUCGAUGGAAGAAAUCAAUGACCCGGAAGUCGGGAACCUCGAGCUGUACGGACGGACGAAGCUGGCGAUUAUUCUGGGAGUCAAGUAUGGAUUUCUGGAUCGAGUGAUCAAGCCCAAUAACGACGAUAUUUAUGUGCUUUCCGUGCAUCCCGGCGCUGUCAACACUUCAAUGCAGCAGCAAUGGAAAGAUGCAUAUCCCGGACUAUUCGGAAAGCUUUUGACAACAAUGAUGCUGGCGAUUGGCCGAGACCCCGAGCAAGGUGCGUUCAGUGCUCUGUGGGCUGCAACAAGCCCCGAAAUCGAAGAGAAAGGAUGGAACGGGUAUUACUUCUCCGACAGCUGCCAGCCAGGAAAGGAGUCGAAACAGGCAUCUGAUCCGAAGUUGGGGUCUGCGCUGUGGGAUCUCACGCAGCGGACUAUCAAGGACAAGGUUGGCGAUGAUGCACUGGCGGAUUGGAAUGCCGCUUGA